AGGCACCUCCGGCGGCCCUAUAAAAGCUCUCCCGGAGCUGGGACGCGCUGGUCACCUCUGGAAGUUCUUCCCACCCCUAGGAGCUGGUCCUGCCGAGUGUCCCCAAGAUGUCCUGCUACCUCCAGCAGCACCUCCCUCCGCUCUACCAGCACCCCGCGGCGCUGUCCCCUGGCGUCCCCUUCCCGGCUCAGCAGUGGCACUCCACCACCUGCAUCCCCCAGGCCGUGCUCGGCCACGUCCCCCUGCAGCGGGCGAUGUCCUCCAGCGUGUGCCACCAGCAAAGCGUCACCCAGGCCGUGCCCCAGCAGCUCUGCGGACCCCUCUGUGUGCCCCAGCGCCUCCUGCAGCAGCAGAUUGUCCCCAGGCGUGUGACAACGUGCGUGCCACCGCAGCAGCACGCGACCAGCGGCGCCGGUGUCACCCGGUGCGUGCCACACCAGGCGAGGGUGACCCAGUGCGUGCCACAGCAGCUGCAGGUGCCGCAGCAGUGCCCGCCCGUCCUCCAGCAGCAGAAGAUUGUCCCCAGGUGCGUGACGACGUGCGUGCCACAGCAGCGCGUGACGGGCGGCGCGGGUGUCACCGGUGUCACCCAGUGCGUGCCACAGCAGCUGCGGGUGCCCCAGCCCGAGUGCGUCCCCCAGCAGAAGGUUGUCCCCAGGUGUGUCACCACCUGCGUGCCGCGGCCGCCGUAUGCCACCAAAGGCAUCCCGCAGCAGCAGAGCGCCACCAGGUGCGUCCCCCAGCAGCGUGUGAGCACCUUCUGUCCCCAGGAGGGUGUCCCCAGGUGUGUCACCACCUGUGUCCCCCAGCAGCGCGCAGCCCAGUGCGUCUCCUACCAGUGGGUGACAGCGCCUGUCCCCCAGCAGCAGCAGCAGAGCGUCACCCCCUGCGUGCCCCCGCAGUGGCACAGCAGGUGUGUCACCAAGUGUGUCCCGCAGCAGUGUGACACCGGCGGGGCCAGCAUUUGUGUCCCGCAGCAGCAGAGCGGGGAGGUUUGUGCCACCCAGCAGAGCGCCACCAAGGUUGUCCCUCAGCAAAAUGUCACCAAGUGCAUCCCUCAGCAGAGUGCCAGCAAGUGUGUCCCUCAGCAAAAUGUCACCAAGUGCAUCCCUCAGCAGAGUGCCAGCAAGUGUGUCCCUCAGCAAAGUGCCACCAAGUGCAUCCCUCAGCAGUGUGGGACAAUCUGUGUCCCCCAGCAGUGUGCCACCAAGAGUGUCACUCAGCAGAGUGCCACCAAGGUUGUCCCUCAGCAAAGUGCCACCAAGUGUGUCCCUCAGCAGUAUGGGACAGUUUGUGUCCCCCAGCAGUGUGUAACCAAGAGUGUCACCUAUCAAAGUGCCACCAAGUGUGUCCCUCAGCAGUGUGGGACAACCUGUGUCCCCCAGCAGUGUGCCACCAAGUGUGUCUCCCAGCAGUAUGGGACAGUUUGUGUCCCUCAGCAAAGUGCCACCAAGUGCGUCCCUCAGCAAAGUGCCACCAAGUGUGUCCCCCAGCAGUAUGGGACAAUCUGUGUCCCCCAUCAAAGUGCCACCAAGUGCGUCCCUCAGCAAAGUGCCACCAAGUGCGUCCCCCAGCAGUGUGGGACCCAGAGUGUCACCCAUCAAAGUGCCACCAAGUGUGUCCCCCAGCAGUGUGGUGGAGUGAAGAUCUCCAGCCACUCCAAGAAAUACUGCUCGGCUCCCAAGUGGCCCUGGUGACAGGGAGCAGGACGAGGACAAUCCCUGGGAAAUCGGGAUUUGGGAUCUUUAUCUCCUCCCGUCGCUCCCAUCGGCGUUAUCCCGGUUUCCCAGCGUUUCUCUCCCUUUCCGUGGUGACAUUCUGGGUGCCUCUGGUUCUUUCCUUGAUCUGCCGCAAGGCGUUGGUGGGAUGGGAUGAAAUUCCCACCGAAUUCCAAGAAAUCCUGAUUUUAAGCAAUAAAAAUCAUAUUAAACGAAGGAAUAGAAAGGUCUGAGGAGUCCAGAUCUCCACAGCUUCGGGAGGACUGCUCCAGAUCCCAGCUCCACGUUUCUUCCUGGAAUUGGGAGGGAAUGUUCCGGUUAAGUUGGAUUCCACAAGGCUCGGAGCUUUCCAGAACAUCCGGGGUUGGACUCGGAAGCCAAAUGUGAAUUUCUGAAGGAAAUGGGAUAAAAUUCCCUCAGAAUCCCAGGAUGGGCGAGGUCAGGAGGGACCAGGGUGGGUCCAAAUUCCCUGUUCCAGCAGGGUGAUCCCGGAGCAUGGGAUGGUUCUGGAAUAUCCCCAGAGAGGGAGACUCCAGACCUUUUCCAGUGCACAGAGAGGGAAUUCCUCAAAUUCAGGUGGAAAAGGACCAUCCCAGCCCAGGAGAGCCCUUUCCCUUUGGAAUGUGGCCAGAAUUCCCGUUUUUUGACUCCAGCAGAAUCCCCAAGCAGGAAUUUCCCAAGAAUUCCCCAAGAAUUCCCGGCGGGACAAAGCUGAAACAUUCCACGCCAAUGUUUUAUCCCUUAAUCAAGAUAAAAACCACAACUUGAAAGGAAAACUCUUCGAAAUAACACUGAAAGCUGUAGCAGGAUUAUUUUAUAAAUGUUUCCUUAUAAAGGUAAUUAAUCAAUUAAAUUCUUUACGCUGAAGAUGUGCAUUGAAAGCAAACUUUAUGUACAGAAAUAUAUGAAUACUUUAAAUAGAUAUAAACUUAAAUAAACAUUCUUGUC